UUCCGCCCCCUUUCUUCCCCAACCUCCGACAAGCCCCUCCCAUCGCCGUCCAUGGAGGCGGAGCAGCAGCAGCAGCCGCCGCAUCGCCCGCGCCGCAAGGGGCAGAAGAGGAAGUUGGAGGACGAGGCCGCGGCCUCCGCCUCGGCGGCGGCGGCGGCGGCCGCCGCCGCCACCGCCACCGCCACCCCGUCGUCGCUCGGGAGCGCCGGCGCCGACGACGACAACGAGGAGGAGGAGGACGGCUCGGCCGGGCCGGAGAUCUGCUGCCGCCACUCCCAGGCGGCGCUGGUCCGCGAGGUCCGCACGCAGGUCGAUGCCCUCCACCGGUGCUUCUCUUGGCGCCACGCGGACCGCGCCGCCGCCAAGCGCGCCACCCACGUCCUCGCGGAGCUCGCGAAGAACGAGGAGGUUGUGAACGUGAUCGUAGAGGGCGGCGCGGUGCCGGCGUUGGUGUGCCACCUGAAGGAGCCCCCUGCCCUGGCGGUGGUGCAGGAGGAGCAGCAGCCUCGGCCGUUCGAGCACGAGGUCGAGAAGGGGGCUGCCUUCGCUCUCGGCCUCCUAGCAGUAAAGCCUGAACAUCAACAACUUAUAGUUGAUGCCGGUGCCUUACCACUGCUGGUGAAUCUUCUAAAAAGGCACAAAAAUGCUACAAACUUGAGGGCAGUUAACAGUGUUAUCAGGAGAGCAGCUGAUGCAAUCACCAAUUUAGCUCAUGAAAAUAGCAACAUCAAAACUUGUGUCAGAAUUGAAGGCGGAAUUCCACCUCUUGUUGAAUUGCUAGAAUCACAGGAUCUUAAGGUGCAGAGGGCAGCUGCAGGCGCCUUGCGGACGUUGGCUUUCAAAAAUGAUGAAAACAAAAGCCAGAUUGUUGAUUGCAAUGCAUUGCCAACUUUGAUCUUAAUGCUUCGUUCAGAGGAUGCUGCGAUUCAUUAUGAAGCGGUUGGCGUCAUCGGAAAUUUGGUUCAUUCAUCCCCAAAUAUCAAAAAAGAGGUUCUCAAUGCAGGGGCCCUGCAACCUGUAAUUGGGUUAUUAAGUUCCUGUUGUACGGAGAGUCAAAGAGAGGCUGCUUUGUUGCUAGGGCAGUUUGCUUCGGCUGAUUCUGAUUGCAAGGUCCAUAUUGUGCAAAGAGGUGCAGUCCGACCUCUAAUUGAAAUGCUACAGUCAGCAGAUGUCCAACUCAGAGAAAUGUCUGCUUUUGCCCUUGGGAGGCUUGCCCAGGACACACAUAACCAAGCAGGCAUUGCAUAUAAUGGUGGUUUGUUGCCUCUACUAAAGCUUCUAGACUCAAAAAAUGGGUCUCUGCAACAUAAUGCAGCAUUUGCCCUUUACGGAGUUGCUGACAAUGAGGACUAUGUGUCUGACUUCAUUAAAGUGGGAGGCAUACAAAAGUUGCAAGAUGGAGAAUUUAUUGUGCAGGCCACAAAGGAUUGUGUAGCCAAGACCCUGAAGAGGUUAGAAGAGAAGAUAAAUGGCCGAGUGUUAAAGCACUUGCUUUACAUGAUGAGAGUAGGAGAAAAAUGUGUGCAGAGGCGUGUUGCUCUGGCCCUUGCACACCUCUGUGCGCCUGAAGAUCAAAGAACAAUUUUUAUUGAUAAUAACGGUCUUGAAUUGCUUCUUGAUCUUCUGGUUUCGGUAAGCCUGAAGCAUCAGCUAGAUGGUUCAGUAGCACUAUACAAAUUGGCCAAUAAAGCUGCAGCACUUUCUCCCAUGGAUGCUGCACCUCCAUCUCCAACACCACAGGUUUAUCUUGGCGAGCAGUAUGUGAACAGUUCGACACUUUCAGAUGUUACCUUCUUGGUGGAAGGGAAGCGCUUUUAUGCACAUAGAAUUGCCUUGCUUGCUUCUUCGGAUGCGUUUCGUGCAAUGUUUGAUGGUGGAUAUAGGGAAAAGGAUGCGAGGGACAUAGAAAUUCCAAAUAUCAGAUGGAAUGUGUUUGAACUCAUGAUGAGAUUUAUCUAUACAGGAUCAGUGGAAGUAACUAGUGAUAUCUCUCAGGACCUUCUUAGAGCUGCUGAUCAGUAUCUAUUAGAAGGCCUCAAACGUCUGUGUGAAUAUACAAUUGCGCAGGAUGUGAAUGUAGAUAACGUUUCUGACAUGUAUGACUUAUCCGAAGCUUUUCAUGCAAUGUCACUCAGACAUACAUGCGUCCUAUUUAUCUUGGAGCAGUUUGAAAAGAUCUGCAUCAGACCGGGGUCCAGUCAGCUGAUCCAGCGUGUCAUCCCAGAGCUCCGCAACUUCUUCGCUAAGGCGCUAAGGCCAAGCCACAGGAAUGCGCAGCCAUGAGCCCCACGUCCACAUCCUUGACACCACCACAAUCUGACAGCCGCCUCUGAAGAUCUUGUACAGCUAAAAUUCCUUUUUUCUGGCGUUGGGACAUUGGCAUUCGAUGGUACCAACAACAUUGUAACAUCCUUCAUUCGAUUAAACAGUGCCCAUCAUGGUAAGAGCCAUGGCUUAGCCAGCCAUGCCUCGGACCAGCCUAGGCUGGGAUAGGUUUACUUUGUUUCACCUUCGCAUAGUUACCAGAGUUAUUUAGGGCCACUUUCCCAGUCCAGAGCAGCUCCGUGUACGCCCGUGUCUGGAGGAUGGAGGAGAGGAUAAGAUCGAGCGGUGUAAUA